UUCCGUUCUCCGGCGGACAUCACACACCAAGCAUGAAGCCCGCCUCACUCCUGGUGGGGUGUCUGCUCCUCGCGGCGGCGAGGGCAGCCCCGGCCGACCCCGCAGCGGCAACGGCCGUCGCGGACCCCAAGAAGCAGGAGCUACAGGUGCAGGCGCAGCCCGGAGACGCAGUCACUCGCGCCAAGAAAAGUUUGGAGUAUGGCAUUGGCGGCGGCGGCGGCAACGGCGGCUGGGAUGACUCAUACGGCGGUGGGCAGCAGGCCGGCGGCUACGGUGGCGGCGACGACCACCACGACCACCACGAGCACCACGAGCCCAAGGUAGAGUGCCACAAGAAGCUCGCCUGGAAGACCGAGUGGAAGCAGAUCUGGAGGACCGAGAAGAAGCAGAUCUGGCGCACGGAGAAGAAGCAGAUCUGGAGGACAGAGAAGAAGCAGAUCUGGAGGACCGAGAAGAAACAGAUUUGGCGCACUGAGAAGAAGCAGAUCUGGAGGACAGAGAAGAAGCAGAUCUGGCGCACAGAGAAGAAGCAGAUCUGGAAGACCGAGUGGAAGAAGAUCCAGGUCCCCGUCUGGAAGGAAAUCCAGGUCCCGGCAUGGAAGGAAAUCCAGGUUCCCGACUGGAAGAAGAUUCAAGUGCCAAUCUGGAAGGAAAUUCAGGUACCCGCCUGGAAGGAAAUCAAGGUCCCCGACUGGAAGACGAUCCAAGUGCCCAUCUGGAAGGAAGUCCAAGUCCCCAUCUGGAAGGAGAUCCAGGUCCCCGACUGGAAGAAGAUCUGGGUGCCCGUCUGGGAGAAGAUCUGGGUUGAAGAGCCAUCUCACGGCUGGGACGAGCACGACGAGCACGGUCACGGACACACCAAGAAGGUCUGGAAGAAGAAGCUGGUCUGGAAGCCCGAAUGGAAGAAGAUCUGGAGGACCGAGAAGAAGCAGGCAUGGAUCACCGAGAAGAAGCAGGCGUGGAAGGAAGAGCAGAUCCAGAUCUGGCGUACCGAGAAGAAGCAGAUCUGGCUCAGCAAGAAGGUCCAGGACUUCAAGGAAGAGUCUGUCCAGAUCUGGAGAACCGAGAAGAAGCAGAUCUGGGUGCCGAAGAAGGUCCUUGAAUGGAAGACUGAGUGGAAAUCAAUCCAGGUUCCUGACUGGAAGGAAAUCCAGGUCCCCGACUGGAAGGAGAUCCAGGUUCCCGACUGGAAGGAAAUCCAAGUUCCUGACUGGAAGGAGAUCCAGGUCCCCGACUGGAAGGAAAUCCAAGUCCCUGACUGGAAGGAAAUCCAGGUGCCCGACUGGAAGGAAAUCCAGGUUCCUGACUGGAAGAAAAUCCAGGUGCCCGUGUGGGAGAAGGUCUGUGUGACCAAGGAGAUCGUCGAACACCACGACCACCAUGAGUCACAUGGCUGGAACUGAACAUCACCAAACCUCAUCGCCAUUUGCUCAUUUCACCAUCUAGUUUGUAAGCCCCCCUCCCCCAAGUCAUAGACGGCCUUCAUCAACCGUCGAACUCCUUUGUAAAUACUCGCUUCCCCUUCCCUCACCCUGUCCCUCUACGACUUGACCAAAGUACAAAGUUAUUGCCCGUUAAGUAGUGUUAUGCGAGGGCUAGUAUUUUUCCACGCGUUGUCAACGUGAGUGCGAACAUCUCUUUUUUAUGUGUAUUAAAUCUGUUUUUUUUUUAUUAAAAAAAUGAAACAAA